GGGCUGCCACUCGAAAACCAGACCCAGAGCCUGAGAAGCAGACCGACCACACUGUUAAAAUUGCUGGAGUCAUUGCAGGCAUCUUGCUGUUCGUCAUUAUAUUUCUGGGGGUUGUGCUGGUAAUGAAGAAAAGAAGAAGCUAUCACUCCUACACUUAUUACCUAAAAUUGGCUAAAAAGCGAAAAGAGACAUUGAGUAGUACACGGCAGGAAAUGACAGUGAUGGUGAAUUCAAUGGAUAAAAGCUACACUGAGCAAGGCACCAACUGUGACGAAGCUUUCUCUUUCAUGGACACGCACAAUCUAAAUGGGAGAUCUGUAUCCUCACCAUCUUCAUUUACAAUGAAAACUAACACAUUGAGCACAACAGUGCCUAAUUCUUAUUACCCAGAUCCAUUUGUGCCAACUGCAAUUUUAGUGCCAAUCAAUGAUGAAACCCAUACGAUGGUCAGUGACACAAGCAGCCUGGUCCAGUCCCAUACCUACAAGAAGCGGGAUCCAGUGGAUGUGCCCUACCAGACCGGACAGCUUCAUCCGGCCAUCCGGGUGGCUGACCUGCUACAGCACAUCACCCAGAUGAAGUGUGCAGAAGGCUAUGGAUUCAAAGAAGAGUAUGAAAGUUUCUUUGAAGGACAGUCUGCACCAUGGGAUUCAGCUAAGAAAGAUGAGAACAGAAUGAAAAAUAGAUAUGGGAAUAUCAUUGCAUAUGAUCAUUCUCGAGUGAGAUUGCAGCCCAUUGAAGGAGAAACAAGUUCCGAUUACAUCAAUGGAAAUUAUAUUGAUGGUUAUCAUAGACCAAAUCACUACAUUGCUACACAAGGACCAAUGCAGGAGACAAUAUAUGACUUUUGGAGAAUGGUAUGGCAUGAAAACACAGCCAGCAUAAUCAUGGUUACUAAUCUCGUAGAAGUGGGAAGGGUCAAAUGCUGCAAAUACUGGCCAGAUGACACAGAGAUAUAUAAAGACAUUAAAGUUACCCUAAUAGAAACAGAGCUCCUGGCUGAAUAUGUGAUUCGAACAUUUGCAGUAGAAAAGAGAGGUGCUCAUGAGAUUCAAGAGAUUCGGCAGUUUCACUUCACUGGCUGGCCAGACCACGGCGUGCCGUACCACGCGACAGGCCUGCUGGGAUUCGUGCGGCAGGUCAAAUCCAAGAGCCCACCAAACGCUGGCCCUCUGGUUGUUCACUGCAGUGCUGGUGCUGGCAGAACUGGAUGCUUCAUUGUUAUUGACAUCAUGCUAGAUAUGGCAGAAAGAGAAGGCGUUGUAGACAUAUACAAUUGUGUGAGAGAGCUUCGAUCUCGGCGAGUUAACAUGGUGCAGACCGAGGAACAGUACGUAUUCAUCCAUGAUGCUAUCCUGGAAGCCUGUCUUUGUGGGGACACAUCUAUUCCAGCUUCUCAAGUUAGGUCGGUUUACUAUGAAAUGAAUAAACUGGAUCCUCAAACUAACUCCAGCCAGAUCAAAGAGGAAUUUAGGACUUUAAAUAUGGUGACUCCGACACUGCGUGUAGAAGACUGCAGCAUAGCACUUCUACCACGAAAUCAUGAAAAGAAUCGCUGUAUGGAUGUUCUGCCUCCAGACAGAUGCCUGCCUUUCCUCAUAACGAUAGAUGGGGAGAGCAGUAACUACAUUAAUGCUGCACUGAUGGAUAGCUACAAGCAACCGUCAGCUUUUAUAGUUACGCAGCAUCCCUUACCAAACACUGUCAAAGAUUUCUGGAGACUGGUCCUAGAUUAUCACUGCACUUCAAUAGUGAUGCUGAACGACGUGGAUCCUGCACAACUGUGUCCUCAAUACUGGCCAGAAAAUGGAGUACACCGACACGGUCCUAUUCAGGUGGAAUUUGUAUCAGCUGAUUUAGAAGAAGACAUAAUCAGCCGGAUAUUCCGAAUUUAUAAUGCAGCCAGACCCCAAGACGGCUAUCGGAUGGUGCAGCAGUUCCAGUUCCUGGGAUGGCCCAUGUACAGAGACACUCCGGUUUCCAAACGCUCCUUCUUGAAGCUCAUCCGCCAGGUGGAGAAGUGGCAGGAAGAAUAUAACGGGGGAGAGGGACGCACGGUUGUACAUUGCUUGAACGGAGGUGGCCGCAGUGGGACAUUUUGUGCAAUCAGUAUUGUUUGUGAAAUGCUUCGACAUCAGAGGGCUGUUGAUGUAUUCCAUGCUGUGAAGACACUGAGGAAUAAUAAGCCUAACAUGGUGGACCUUCUGGAUCAGUACAAAUUCUGCUAUGAAGUGGCUUUGGAGUACUUGAAUUCUGGCUGACUGCAUAAACAGCGCAAAGUUCCUCCUUUCACCCCCACAAACAAAGCAAGCCGCUUCAUGAUGCCUGUGUAAAUGAGAUGAAGACUUCUCAGUGUCACGCUUGUACUGCUUUGUCUAACUGGCUCUUUUUAAGAGCCCGAGCAGAUGUUUAUAAAACUGCUUGCACUGCCCGUUUUCCACUAUGAUGCCGCUGCUUGACACCCAUACGAGCGUACCCCAAACCACACGGCAGUUGCUGAACACUGUACUCAUACGGAGCCAUUGAUGUGGUGAAGCAGCAUGGUCCUCUGGUAAAUAAGAGAGAGCACAAUUAUAUUCUUAUGAAGGAAUUUGUACUUUUCUGUUCUAUUUCGUUGCCUGUGAUUCCCAGUUAUUGUCACAGCCUAGUGUACAUUUCUGUUCUGUGGAGAAUGCUGUCUGGCAUUUUGACAAUACAUGAUUUUUAGUUAUAUUUGUAUUCUAACACAUGCAUAAUAAAUGAAUCAUAUGUAGCUUAUCUGAACUAAUGGAAGGACAUGUACCAAAUCACGUUAACUUUGUUGAGUUGUAAUUUCUGUCCCCUUUGUACCAUUUCAGAGAGAGAAUCUUGAUAGAAAUACGGUUAGAAAAUGCAAAAUACAGGAAGCUCAGAUUAAUAUAUCCAAAGCUUUUUCAUUUGUUUAUAUUGUAAAUAUUUUUUGAUUUCAUCAAAUUAUUUAUUCAUUAAAAUGAAUUUUUUUGUGAAGCACAGUGAGUGACAAUCAUUUUUAUUAAGCCCUGGAAAUGCUUACUGUAUGAUAGUGUAAACAUUUGUUUACCUUGUAUGGAUUCUCAGCUCAAUAAAUAAUUACAUACGUGAUAAAA